UCGGUGACCGAGCGCUGGUGGUUGUCGGUGAUGGCGGCGGGUUUGAACGCGGAGCAGUUGGGAUGGCGGCUGUUGCGGAGACUGACGGAUUUGAAAUGCCCUCUUGUGGAAGAAAUCGGAGUGGAUGAUUCAGCUGCAGUUAUACAGUUACUGUGCACACCGGGAGAAGACAGACUUCAGAUCCUAGAAUGGUUAUGCAUCAGCAUCGAUCCACGGCUCAAAAGGAAAUUUGAAGAGCUACGUUUCAAGUCCAUUCAAGACCAUGGAACAGAACUUGUCAUAAAAGAAAUGACCUGGCUUGGGCAGAGAUUGGGAGUGUGCAGUGCGGAGGACUUGGAUCUCUUUCGGGGUCAAGCAUGUCCUUUAAGGCAAUUGGUGAUGAUUGAUCUGAUGUUAGGUGGACUCCAACAAUUUAAGCACAUUACUGCAGCAGCCUCAACGGACAAGGAACGUAUUAUGUGUAUUAAAAAAAAGAAUGCCCAGCUGCUAAAUGAUGUUCUGAGUGAUCCUCAUCUUCGCUUGCCAGCAAACUUGGGCUGUACCCCCUCUCUCGAUGCACACAGACUACUGAAGAAAGUUGAAGCCAAAUUUGAAUCACGGGGGAAAACGAAAUCCCCUCCACCGUCUUUUGAAUCCCUGGAGAGAUUGUUAACAAUGCUUUCUGAGGAAUUAAAAGAAACAAAUGAGCAUCUUGAAGAAAUGAAGAAAAAAAUUGUUUUCAUGGGAUCCACGGAAAGUAGUGAUACUACCAUCCAAACCUUGAAGCUCACACUUUCAGACUUUCAUCAACAGAUGACUGUGUUUUCCUUAGCAUUUGAGCAUGAAUUCAGCAUGAACUGUAAUAGAGCACCGCCUCAACUUUGCAACUUUGGACCACUCUGUAAAACUGUGCAUAAACUGCUCACAGCUUUCAUCAAUGAGCUUGCAGGCACAGCAGAGAUAAAUGCCACGUGCACAAAGUUGGAGACGAUUGUGAAUGGGCUACAGAAAGAUGUCAUAUCCUGGGAUGAUGGUGAAGUUGCUACGCUGCCAAAACGGGUUGAACAGAUGAAGAAGAAAUAUGUAGAAUUUCUGGAAACUUUUCAGAGCCAUGCCUCAUGAAGAUAUAUUUAUAGAUAGUGUAUUUAUAGUUGUACUUAUAUACAUAGUGUAUUCUUUUAAUGGUAACUCUUACAAAGCUGCUCUCAUCUUCUGUUUGAAAAUAAAAAUAUUCUAGAUUCUAAUGUUUUUAAGCUUUCAGUAUUGUGCUUAAUUUAAUAUAAGUUAGGUGACAAAAUGCAUGAUUAUUGAAAAGAUUUUGAGGUUAAAAUUACAUCAUUAAGAUUUCUGUAAUCAUUGCACUUAAGGUUCAGGAUUUUCUUUUGUUUACUGGUUAAUAGUAUACAUGUUCCAAUUGAAAUUGCUGAGGAAAUAUUUUCCUUUUCACUUCGACAGAUGCCAUAUUACAAAUAUGCAAAGAUGUUGUCAGUUCAUGUUCUUUAAACUCUGGACAUUGUACUCUAGCAUGUCAUUGUGUCAGCCCCCUGGAAUAUGGGACAGGAGGCUGAGAAUUCAAAUCCUACACCAGAGAUAUUCACAUUGAAAGUUGUGAAAGUAUUGCAGAGUUGGUAGUUCCAUCUUUGCUAAGAUGCUCUGGCUGCAAAACAUCCCAUGACAAUUAUUUCAAAGGAAAGUAGACCUAGUUAUGUGGAGCAUGCCAUCCACUGACUUGCUAAUAUAAAUCCUUUGAAGAUCACCAAAACACAUGGACAAAUUGGCUGUUGCAUUUCCUCUUUCACAGGAAUAGCAUAUUUUUAAAAAAAACAUGUAAUUAGUUUUUGGACAAAGUCCCAAUACUUUUUUUCUUGCAGCUAAUUCAAACUUGAACUAUGAAGGUAAAAAUUGUGGUAUUGAAAUAUCUAAUAAUAUCUGAAUUUUAGCCCUGUACAUCAUUUAAUUUUUUCCUGUAACCUUGAGCAAUAUAUAGUUUUAUUUAGAAUACCUGGUUAAAAUCUUUAUAUUGAUUACCUUAAAAUAUGAUUUAAAUAUACAGAAGUUAGGAUGUUUUCGAUAUUAACAGAAUUGAGAGAGGAUAGCACUGAGGUAAAAGAUCAACCAUGAUCUGAAUGGCAGACCAGGUACAAGUAGCCAAAUAGCUUCCAGCUAUUAUUUUUAUAUUUAAAAAAUACUACACGUAUAAUGGAGUUGUUCAUGAGAGACACACAUUCCUGUAGUUAUUUCAAGCUCUAGAAAAAGUACUGCACUUUUAAUGUUUUUCUACAAUAUGUUUUCAUGUGCAAAUAUUCCAAUUUAAAGUAUUUCCAUGUGUCCAUGUAAUUUGCUUUCAAUAAAAAAGACGCCACAUUUUUCAAAA